CGUACAUCGUUCAGUAUUAUCAAAGUUACAAUUAUUCAGUGACAGGCAUGUGUUAUAAUUGUGGAAUAUUUGGGAACAUAUUUUAUCACCAUGCAACGUACUGAUUACAGCGCUUUGUGGAAGCAUAUUUAUAAUGUCAUAUCGGACAAGAUGGUCGCGACUUUAUUUGAUAAAGUUCCUUUAUCAAAAUCUCUUGGCUUCUCAAUACGUGAGAAUUUUGGCAAGGCUGCGAAGGAUAUCCGACAAAUCCCUGAGUAUUUAGAGCCAUACAAUGAAAUGCUGAAAGCCAGCACGGAGUUCAUUGAAUUACAUGAUGACGACAAUAUUGGAACGGAUCUAACCAGACUUAAGCGUAUAGCUGAUCGUCGAAGGCCUCUUCGCUUGCAGUCAUCUGUUGGUCGCAGACGUGCUCGUUCCCAGGAGUUGCGGAGACAAAAACUUAACAGCCAAAGUUUAAGAAGUCAUCGAGAACAUUCCAAACAUUCUAGUUCAGAAAACACGAGUAUAAUGAUAUAAUUAAUAAUUUGUCUUUUUC